GGCCGCCCAGUGAUCAGCAAAGCGGAAAACUUCUCAGUGUUUGAAGACAGCUUUGAUGUAUAUUUAUUAAUUCCGAGAUGAGCCAAACUUGAUAAGCCUUAAAUUUAUUAUAAUGUUGGUGAAAGAGUACAGAAUAAGUAUGCCUUUGAGUGUCGAAGAGUAUCGGAUAGGGCAGUUGUACAUGAUUAACAGACACAGCAAUGAACAGAGCGACACAGGCGAGGGUAUACAUGUUGUGAAAAAUGAAGAAUGUGAAGAUGAAAAAUAUGGAAAAGGGAGGCUUACCGAAAAAAGAAUAUACUUAUCAAGUCGUUUACCAACUUGGGUGAGAUCCUAUAUUCCAAAUUUAUUUUAUGUGGUGGAGAAAGCUUGGAAUUUUUAUCCAUUUACAAUAACAGAAUAUUAUUGCUCAUUUCUGCCAAGAUUUUCAGUAAAAAUAGAAACUAAAUACCUUGAUGACAAUGGAUGUACAGACAAUUGUUUUGACCUUGGAAAAGACUCACUGGAUUCUAGAGAGGUCAUUCACGUAGACAUUGCAUAUGAUACUUUUCCUGAAAAGUAUUACGUUCCUGAAGAGGACUGUAGAACCUUUAAAUCAAAAGUUACUGGCAGAGGACCUUUGGAACCUGGUUGGCAGGAAACCCAUCAACCGAUUAUGUGUUCUUAUAAAUUGGUUAAUGUUACAUUUGAUGUCUGGGGGUUAAGUCAGCGAGUGGAAUCAUAUGUACACAAGUGUGUACAAGAUAUUCUUCUAGUUGGCCAUAGACAAGCAUUUGCAUGGAUUGAUCUGUGGUAUGAAAUGAAUUUUGAAGAUGUGAGAGAAUAUGAAAAGGAAAUGCAACAAAAGACCAAUGAUAAAGUUGCAGCUGCUGAACUUGAAAAAGCUUGAAGUUGUUAGAAGUAUUAAUAGUGAUUAUUGCUAACUGUAUUUCUGGCGUGAAAAAUACAUUAUUAUUAUUAACUACACAACAUGGUUUUAGUGACACUAAAAUCAAAUGCAAAGAACACUGUACAUGACUCAGUAACACUAAAUGGAAACAAAAUGAUUUAUURUUUAGCGUACACCAAACAAGUUUCAUGUCUGAAUAGAAUACCUUGUACUCUAGUUUUCAUUUCCUUGUAGCUAUAAGUGUAAUUCUCACUUGUGUCUAAAGAGUUGGAAAUUUUGAGCAUCUGCAUUCAUCAUUAAUAAGACAAUCAUAACAUGCAAUCAUAACUUAAUUACUGUAAGGUGUAUCUCAUAUGAAAGUAUAAUUUUGUAAUUUACAGUGCUUGAUUUAUCAAAGGGAAAUCAACUGGGAAUCUUCUAGAAAAAUAUAUCAACAUUAGAAAAUUAUGUUUCUACCUAUGUUUAAUCAGCCAAGCUUUCGCACAACUGGUGCAUCAUCAGGGCAAUGGCUGCUAUUAGUGAGACAAUUUUUUUUUACAUUAACUAGGAUAGUUAAUAGUUAAUUCUAGUUAACAUAAAAAAACUGUCUCACUAGCCAUUGUCCUGGUGAUGCACCAGUUGUGCGAAAGCUUGGCUAAUAAAAUUUGUAAAUAUAUGUGUGGAAAAAAUAAUUUUCUAAGUAUUCACAUGUACAACCACAUUUUGAAUAUCUAUAUUUAUCUAUCAGUAGAAAGAUCAGGGUCACUCACCAGUAACUUUCUUCUAAGGUGAAAUUUGUCCUAUGUUCCAGUUAAAAUAGUGCACGUGUUAGGGAGAAAAUGGCUGAAGGACUGAAAAUAUAUCAUGGGUUUUCAGCUUGUGUAUCAUUCCCUCUUUUAUUUAACUACAAAGUCACGUAUUUUGAAUUGAUAGCCUGUCGGCAUACUUUUGACUACCACUUAUAGUACAAAACGUCCUUUGUAAAAUAUACUGCAAAAUUGAUGCCUGCA